AUGGCAAAAGCGCUCUUCAUUGGUAAUAUUGCUGCCACCGCCCUUCUGACUUCCUUGUGCAGCGGCGUUCGCCCUCCCUAUCCAGAACUGAACCCAGCACUGGGCAAGUACCAGAACGCCACGAAUUGCUUACCGAUUCAAGAGACGUGGUACACGAUCUACAGAAACUACGAGAAUGAUCCAGUAUUUGGUGGUACCGAAAAGUGUGGCCGAUUUACCAGCCUUGGUCCCGCAGAAAACGGAUCCUUCCCAAUGUUAGUCGAAUAUGGGCAGAGUUCAAUCAAAGUACUCACAACCCUAGCGGCAUCUGAAGGAUACGAUGUAAAUAAUCUGGAAUACUUUCAAGCCGUGGGUGGAAAUAGCUCACUGCUUGUGUACGUUGCGUACUUAGAUUGCAGCCACCAGCAGCAGUGUCUGGUGUUCAGAAACAACUAUAUCAGUGAUGAGGCGUGCACUCUUAUCCUUCCUGUGAGUGGCCUGAGAAAGAACGCGACGUGCUGCGAUUUCAUCUUCGAUCUUCUCUGCGGCACAAAGCAGAAGUUUUACACCUAUGACGACAGUUGCCCAGAUUAA